GUUUUAAAAAGGUUUUGUGUUCAGUGAACUCCCUCUCCACUAUUAACCCUUAUCUCGCCUUCUCCCAGUCUAGCGUCUGCUUAUCUGCUACCAUGACAUCAAUUCUACCUAAGAAGUAGACGGUACAAAAAUACUUUCAGGGGCUAUCAUAAACCAAAACACAAAAUGGCCUGCUAGUCAGGGAAUCCAUUCCAAGCUGGGUCAUUUAAGAACAAAUGGGGGAAAAAACAUUCUAAAUAAAACUAAUAAUUACUGCUAAAUGAAACCCCUACCAUGCUAUAUACUUUUCCCUAUCCCCCGAUUCAAUUACUGGAUAGAUUCCUUACAAAUGCUUUCGUUUAUCAUAGACCUGUAACUCCUACUCCACCUCAUUUACCUGCCCCAGAAAACAUCCAGCCUAACCAGUAUUAAAGCCAGCUCCCGCAGCACAGAGCGAGGCUCACGCACCCAUCCACUCCGUUUAUAAAGUGCAGCAGAGGGGAACAGAUCAGCAGAUCAUCAUGCUGGGCUUAAUUGUUCUGCUGUGGACUGGCAUCUGCAUGUUCUUCCUUCUUAACAUAAAAAGACCCCAAAACUUUCCUCCUGGUCCACAACCCGUGCCAAUAUUUGGGAAUUUGCUUCAUCUGAGUUUGGAAAAUCCUUUGAAAGACCUGGAGAAGUUGUCUAAGUGCUAUGGGAAGGUCUUCAGUCUUUACAUUGGUGGAAGACCUGCUGUGAUUGUCAAUGGGUUUGAAGCUAUGAAGGAGGCCCUGGUGACCAAGGCUGUUGACUUUGCUGGAAGACCCCAGGACCUUAUGGUCAACCAUGCCUUGCAAGGAAAAAGUUUCAUUCUUUCAGACUAUGGCUCAGAGUGGAGGGAGCAGCGUCGCUUUGCUCUAAUGACCCUGAGAAACUUUGGUCUGGGAAAGCAGUGCAUGGAGGAAAGGAUUCUAGAGGAGAUUUCACAUGUCACUGUAUCCUUGGAGAAAAGUGCUGGGAAAACCAUGGACCCUCAGACUAUGUUUCAUAAGUCUGCAUUCAAUAUACUUUUUCUUGUACUCACUGGGUCCCGCUACGACUACGAGGACAAAAUACUGGAAUACUUCAUCAGUCUCUUUAAUGAGAAUGCAAAGAUUGCCAAUGGACCCUGGGCUAUGCUGUAUGACACGCUGCCUAUACUGAAAACCCUUCCUUUGCCAUUCCAGAAGGCCUUUAAAAAUAUAGAAUCUGGUAAACAGAUCGCCGUUGAUUUGGUUGAUGAGGUUAAGAAGAGCCGGCAUCCCUGGAAACCACGAAACUUCAUUGACAGCUACCUGGAUGAAAUAGAGAAAAGAGGUAAUGUUGGAUCUACUUUCAAUGAGGACCAGCUCAUCUUUUACAUCAUGGACCUACAGUUCGCCGGAACAGACACCACCUCCAACACUCUGCUCACUGCUUUCCUCUACCUCAUGACCAACCCAAAGAUUCAGGAGAGGUGUCAGCAGGAGAUUGACAUGGUACUGGAUGGAAAAGAACACACCUCUUUUGAGGACAGACACAGGAUGCCCUACACUCAAGCAGUGAUCCAUGAGGUUCAGCGCAUAGCCAGUAUUGUCCCACUCAGUGUGUUUCAUAGAACCACCAGAGACACUGAGCUGAUGGGCUACAGUAUCCCAAAGGGCACUCUCAUUAUUCCAAACCUCACCUCUGUGUUGCAUGAGGAGGGUCAGUGGAAGUUUCCUCAUGAGUUCAACCCCUUGAACUUUCUAAACCAACAGGGAGAGUUUGAGAAGCCUGAGGCCUUCAUGCCAUUCUCUGCAGGGCCCAGAAUGUGUCUUGGAGAAGGACUUGCUCGCAUGGAGCUCUUCCUGGUCAUUGUUACUCUCUUGCGACGCUUCAGAUUUGUCUGGCCCGAGGGUGCAGGGGAACCUGACUACACCCCUAUGUUUGGCAUAACCAUGUCCCCCAAACCCUUCAAAAUGGGUGUUAGACUGAGGUUAAACUAGUUAGGUGGAUAUUCUAGAGACAGUUGAAAGGUUAAUCCUGUAUAAUCUUUCUGGACUGAAUUGUAUAAUAUUUGCGAGUUUGGUAUUGAUAGAUAUAUUCAUAAUUGUAAUUAGUAAGGUAACAUAUACUUAUUUGAGUAUAUUUCAUGUUUGUAAUGUCUAUAUGCACACAUAUAUUUAUAUAUGUGUAUAAAUGUGUAAGAAAAUGACUAAAGCAGAAGCAAUUGCCACUGUUGAUGAAGUGAAAAUAUGUGU